AUGCAGAGAGCUGGAGGCGGAGGCGCCCCCGGGGGCAGUGGCGGGGGCAGUGGCGGGGGCCCGGGCACUGCCUUCUCCAUCGACUCCCUGAUCGGGCCACCGCCGCCACGCUCUGGCCACUUGCUCUACACCGGCUACCCCAUGUUCAUGCCCUACCGGCCCCUCGUACUGCCGCAGGCGCUGGCCCCUGCGCCGCUCCCAACCGGCCUCCCACCUCUCGCCCCGCUGGCCUCCUUUGCCGGCCGCCUUACCAACACCUUCUGCGCCGGGCUGGGGCAGGCUGUGCCCUCGAUGGUGGCGCUGACCACCGCGCUGCCCAGCUUUGCAGAGCCGCCGGACGCCUUCUACGGUCCCCCAGAUCUCGCUGCUGCUGCUGCUGCUGCCGCUGCUGCCGCCGCCGCCCGAAACAACCCUGAGACCGGCGGCCGACGCCCAGAAGGUGGGCUGGAAGCCGAGGAACUGCUGCCGGCUCGGGAGAAAGUGGCAGAGCCCCCACCUCCCCUGCCUCCGCACUUCUCAGAGACUUUCCCAAGUCUGCCGGAGGGGAAGGUGUACAGCUCAGAUGAGGAGAAGCUGGAGGCACCAGCAAGAGACCCAGCAGGCAGCGAACAGGAGGAAGAGGGCUCAGGCGGAGACAGUGAGGACGACGGCUUCCUGGACAGUUCUGCAGGGGGCCCGGGGGUUCUCCUGGCACCUAAACCGAAGCUAAAGGGAAGCCUGGGGACUGGAGCUGAGGAGGCAGCCCCAGUGGCAUCAGGAGUCACAGCUCCUGGGGGCAAAAGCCGGAGGCGCCGCACAGCAUUUACCAGUGAGCAGCUUUUGGAAUUGGAGAAGGAGUUUCAUUGCAAGAAAUACCUAAGCUUGACAGAGCGAUCCCAGAUCGCCCAUGCCCUCAAGCUCAGCGAGGUGCAGGUCAAGAUCUGGUUUCAGAAUCGAAGAGCCAAGUGGAAGCGCAUCAAAGCUGGCAAUGUCAGCAGCCGUUCUGGAGAGCCCAUAAGAAACCCCAAGAUUGUGGUGCCCAUACCUGUACACGUUAACAGGUUUGCUGUGCGGAGCCAGCAUCAACAAAUGGAACAGGGGGCCCGGCCCUGA